CACACCCCACUGCAUUAACUCCAUUGACACCCACCUUCCACCAAUCCCCUCCGCCAUUGUUGCAGUGCCAAGAAAACCUCAAUAAUUGCAUUUCUUCGCUCACUCCGAACCUCCAAUUCCACUCCCCAAUGGGCUGCUCCGCUUCUCGCCCAGCCAAUUUUAUCCCCAAUUCCCAAAACCCUAACCCUAACCCUAAUCCCACCCCCAAUUCGUCUUCCUCAUUCCCCAAUUCCCAAUUGCAGUCGCCGUUCCGAUCAUUCUCCGAUCCUUCCUCGACGCCGGCUUCUAGAACCCUCUCCUUACCCACCCCCCUAGUGCACCACCCCCCCCUGCGGAAAGGCGAUUCCAACCACUUCGUCUCCCUCACUUCCACCACCUACGGCUCCCUGCCCGCGGAGGAGCCGCCGGCAGCUCUCGCCUCUGCUAAACCGUACGAUCCCCUUAAUCCGACGGCUCAGAUUAAGCCGCCGCCGCCGGACUCCGCCCCUUCCGACGAUCCUUUAUCCCCUGAUUCAGUUAUCAACACAUGGGAGCUCAUGGAAGGCCUUGAUGAUGAUGGCAAUGGCGUUGAGGAUCUGUUCAGUUUUGAUUAUGGCGUUGAAUCAUCGAAAAAGUUCGACGAUUAUCCGGUUUCGAAUUCGAAUUCGAAGCCGUUAUGGCGGCAUUUGUCGGAAGAAUCAUUGCUCGCGAAAAUGGAUCGAAACGUGGUUUCAAGCUAUCGAAAAGCAUUGUUGUCGAGGCGGCCUCGAGAGAGGCUUAAAGACUUGUUGACGCCGCAGUCGCCGGAGUCGGAUAUCGUCGAGUCCGGCGGCGGCAGCGAGGAUAGAAUUAUUGUGUAUUAUACGAGCUUGAGAGGCAUUCGAAAGACGUAUGAGGAUUGUUGCAUGGCGCGGUCGAUAAUUAGGGGUUUUCUAGUGCGCGUCGACGAGAGGGACAUUUCGAUGGAUCGAUCGUAUAGGACGGAAUUAGAGGAGGCUUUGAAGGGUAGAGAGGCGAUCUUGCCGCAAGUGUUUAUUCGGGGGAAGCGUAUCGGAGGGGCGGAGGAGAUUAAGCGACUAAACGAGACGGGGGAGUUGGCGAAAUUGUUGGAAGGGUUUCCGAUUACGGAUUCGGGUCGAAUUUGCACGGUUUGCGGGGAUGCGAGGUUUGUCCCGUGCAAGAAUUGUAGCGGGAGUAGGAAGGUUUACGACGACGGGAAUGGGGAGUUGAGGCGAUGUCCGGAGUGUAAUGAAAAUGGAUUGAUUCGAUGCUCGGGUUGUUGCCAUUAAGUCAGUAUAUCGAUGUCUGCAUGUGUUGUGUAGAUUAUUAUCAUGUAUUAUUAAUUAGGGUCGGGUUUGUAGAAAAAUGAUUAACUUGGUGGCAAGAAUUGUCGUGGAGGAACUUAGCGCAAUGCGCAACGAGAAUGGAUUGAUUCGAUGCUCGGGUUGUUGCCCUUGAGUCAGUUAUAUUGAUGGUUGCACGUGCUAUGUGGACUAUUGUCAUGUAUUAUUUUUUGGGCUCUGGUUUGUCGAAAAAAUGAUUAUUCUUGCUAGCAAGAAUCGCCGUGAAGGAAAUUAGCGCGAUGCGCUUUUUGUGUUA